AUGAAGAUCACCAUCAGCUUGCUUCUGUCUUUGCUUUUCGUCGACACGGCUAGAGCCUUCGCCGCUUCAUCAUCUACGAAUUUGAAUGUCGCCAGCUCCUUCGAGCAAAUUUCAGUGGCGCCGUCGUCCCCCUCCUCACUCUUAUUAUUGUCAGCAACCACCACUGGCGAUGAAACCCAAGAGAUGAGUCUUGAAUUAUCAUCAUCAUCAUCACGACGAGAAGCUCUUCACGGAAUGAUGGCAUUGGCUAGUGGCCUCACCGUGAUAGGAACUUCACCAUCGGAUGCCUUGGCCGAAGAAACCCCAAUUUUACAAAAGUAUGAAGAUUUCGAGCCUACAUCGGAAGGAUGGUCUUUCCGAGAAGUCAAGGUUGGAGAUGGAGCAUCCCCAAACAAGGGCGAUCGCGUUGUAUUUGACUGGAGUGGAUAUACUAUCGGCUAUUUCGGCCGUCCCUUUGAAGCCAAGGGCGGACCGCAAGGUGGCGCCUUUGACAAGGAACUCGAUUACUCCCGUACGGAAAUAGGCUCUGGCAAAAUGGUCAAGGGACUUGAAUGCGCACUUUCCAGCAUGAAACCAGGCGGUAUUCGACAAGUUUUGAUUCCCUUUGGCGAACUGGGUUAUCCUCAAGAAAAGGAUCCUUCUCACGAACAAGUGGGUCCCAAACCGACUACCUUUUCCGGCCAACGAGCCCUGAACUUUGUGCUGGACAAUCCACGGGUCGAUCGCACCCUGUUGUUCAAUGUCAAGUUGAUUCGUGUCGACAAACCAGAUGGAAAGGGUGGAUAUAUUCGUGGGGAAAAGAGAACGUAA